UUCUUUUCUAAAUUUUAUUUCUCAGUCUAGAAAAAAGAAGGGGAAAAAAAAGAAAAGAAAAGAAAAGAAAGCCAAACAACUCUCUAUUUCUGAGACACUCAAACAUUUCUCUCUUUCAGAUACAAAUUAAUCCCCUAAUUUCCAUCACCACUUCAAGGAGGUAGAAGAUUGAUUGAUAAAAGGAACGAUGUUUGGAGCAGAGGAUUGAUCAGUAAAAGGAAGGAUGUUUGGUGCUAGCAAUCCUUUUGGGCAGUCUUCUAAUAGUCCGUUUGGGACGACACAGCCGGUUUUUGGUCAGGCUAGUAAUGUAAGUAGUAGUCCUUUUGCUCUGAAACCCUUUGGUAGUCCAACAACUCCUUUUGGUGCACAAACAGGGAGUUCCAUGUUUGGGGGCACUUCUACUGGUAUGUUUGGUGCACCCCAAACUUCUUCAUUUUCUGCGACAAAUGCUUUUGGUAGCUCAACGCCUGCUUUUGGAGCAUCUACUACCCCUGCAUUUGGUAGUUCGUCAUCAUCAGCAUUUGGUGCAGGUUCUUCUGUUUUUGGUCAGAAGCCCUUCGGAGGCUUUGGGUCUACCACUCAAACAAGUCCAUUUGGAAACACAAAUCAACAGCCACAGCCAGGCUUUGGGUCUACCACUCAAACAAGUCCGUUUGGAAACACAAAUCAGCAGCCACAGCCAGGCUUUGGGUCUACCACUCAAACAAGUCCGUUUGGAAACACAAAUCAGCAGCCACAGCCAGGCUUUGGAAACAAUAGUUUAUUUGGUUCAACACCUUUUGGUGCGCCAUCUCAGUCUGCAUUUGGUGCUGCUAGUACUCCAGCCUUUGGUGCGACAACUGCCCCAGCCUUUGGUGCCACAAGCACCACUCCAGCCUUUGGUUCCACAAGCACCACUCCAGCCUUUGGCGCCCCAAGCACCACUCCAGCCUUUGGCUCAACAGCAACUCCAGGUUUUGGUAGUACAGGAGCUUCAUAUACCAGUUCGCCACUGUUUGGAGCUGGUGGAGCUUUUGGAACUUCCACUUCAGUUUUUGGAUCUUCAGCUACUACACCUGCUUUUGGGGGUUUGACUGGUUCUGGCUUUGGCACUCCAACCACUCCUGCCUUUGGGGCUACAACUACUUCUGCCUUUGGGGCUACAUCUUCCCCAUCCUUUACGUUUUCAUCAAGUCCAGGUUUUGGCCAAUCAACUUCUACUUUUGGGAGCAGCCCAUUUGGAAGUACUACAUCUACUUUUCCUGCCCAGCCUUCUCCCUUUGGAGCUCAGCCUACAACAUCAGCAUUUGGAAACACUGGCUUUGCCCAGCCAGGGUUUGGGGGGCACCGUCCUGGAACUAGAGCAGCACCUUAUGCAGAAACUGCUGAGGCAGAAGGUGGUGCACAGGCUGGAAAAUUAGUGUCAAUAUCAGCCAUGCCUGCCUACAAAGAUAAAAGCCAUGAAGAGCUAAGGUGGGAGGACUAUCAAUUGGGAGACAAAGGUGGACCGCUUCCUCCUGGUCAAUCUCCUGGUGGGGCUGGAUAUAGCAUGUCUACCCCACAGGCGAAUCCUUUUGCUCCUUCAACUGGACUUGGUCAAACAUCUACAAAUAUGUUUUCUUCAACAGCCACAAACCUGUUUGCUCCAAAAACUCAAACAUCUGCACCUUCAUUCACCACCGCCUCCCCUUUUGGCCCUUCAACGUCAUCCAACCUCUUUCAGCCAUCAACACCUGCAUUCUCAGUUGGUUCAUCUCCAUCUCUUUUUGGAUCAACAAGCAUGCCUAAUUUUAGUACAACACCAUCCUUGUUUAGUUCUACUACAGGCCAAGGAAAUGCUUCACCAUUUGGUUCCAAUAUGUUUAAUAACACUCAAUCAUCUCUCUCAUUCCCAUCUACCACACCUUCAAUGGGGCAGACAACUGCAUUUCCACAGUCCAAUCCAUUUGGACCAAGUACCACCAGUUCCUUGUUCAGUAGCCCUGCUACUGGCGGCCUUUUCACAAGCACUCAAUCUCAGAUAACUUCAAACCUUGGGGGGUUUAAUCAAAUGACUCCAUCUCAACCAGCUCAGAAUGCAGGUAUUUUUGCCUUGAACUUCAAUCAGACACAAGCAGCUGGUAACAGUGGCUUUGCUGGUGUAUCAAGUAAUUUUGGACAACCGUUUACGACACAAAAUGCUGUUGCUGUACAACCAGUGCCUAUUACAAAUCCAUUUGGAACACUUCCUGCAAUGCCUCAAGUGUCCUUUGGUCGAGCUGGAACUACACCUUCAGUUCAAUAUGGAAUCUCUACUAUGCCUGUUGUUGAGAAACCCUCUCCCAUUAGAAUAUCAUCUUUAUUGACUUCUAGGCACUUGUCACAAAGGAGGAUCAGGUUGCCCAUGAGGAAAUAUUAUCCUAAGCAUGAUGGACCAAAGGUUCCAUUUUUCAGUGAUGAAGAAGAAACACCCAGCACACCGAAGGCAGAUGCUCUUUUCAUUCCAAGGGAAAACCCAAGAGCUCUAGUCAUUCGUCCUAUGGACCAGUGGCCUUCAAGGGAAAGUGCAGAGAAAGCAUCUCCAUUGAAUGCAUCAGCACCUGUACAUGAGAACGGAAAAUUUUCAGUAUCAGAAGAUGCUUGUCCCUCAAAUGGUUCCACUGCUGGUGAUAAAAAUAAAAAUUCAGCUGAGAAUGGUGUAAUCAAGGAGCAAGUUAAAGUCAACCAGAAACCUAAUGGAGUCCAUGAGGAUCAUGCGACUCAGAAAGAGGAGUCCUACAUGACACUUAGUGGUCACAGAGCUGGUGAGGCUGCAAUUGUGUAUGAGCAUGGAGCGGAUAUUGAGGCACUAAUGCCAAAACUCCGACGUUCUGACUAUUUCACCGAGCCUCGUAUCCAGGAACUGGCAGCCAAGGAGAGGGCUAGACCAGGAUUCUGCCGACAUGUUAAGGAUUUUGUGGUUGGAAGGCAUGGCUAUGGAAGCAUCAAGUUCCUGGUUGAAACAGAUGUUCGAAGGCUUGAUCUUGAGUCCCUUGUUCAGUUUAAUAACCGUGAAGUUAUCGUGUACAUGGAUGAUAGCAAGAAACCGCCUGUCGGACAGGGUCUCAACAAGCCUGCUGAGGUAACACUUCUCAACAUAAAAUGCAUCGACAAAAAGACUGGACGCCAGUUCACAGAAGGACCAAAAAUCGAGAGAUACAAGGAGAUGCUCAAAAGAAAAGCUGAAGACCAAGGCGCCGAAUUUGUUUCUUAUGACCCUGUUAAAGGAGAGUGGAAGUUCAAGGUCAACCAUUUCAGCAAGUACAUGCUGGAGGAUGAAGAGGAGGAGGCGGAGGAUUGGGAUGUGCAAGCUACCUGUAAUAAAGUUGAUGACUGCUUGGUGCUGAAGGCGUGAUGCAAGGGUUUUUCUCUCCUCUUUUCUUUUCUUUGUCACGGAGGAGGGCUGUGCUUGUACAGUAUUGACCUAAAUUGUGAUAUAUUUAGUGUGAUUAAUGUGGCUGUGUAUCACUGGCUUUUCUUUCUUUCUUUUUCCUUCGAGUAGUUGAUUUUUUUUUUUUUAGUGAAAUUGAUUUCUUUUAUUGUA